AUGUCAAUUUAAAAAAGAAAGAGAAUAUUUGAUUCUUCUGAUGAUCAUUCUCCAAUAAGAAUAGUUUAAAAAUAUUGUGCAGCAAAUUUAUGUUUUGAUGAAGAUACUAAGAAUCAUUUUAUUAAAGAGAUUGAAGAAAGGAAAAAAAAAAUUAAUUCAAUUGAGGUUAAUUUUACGAAAGAAGAAGUAGAUAAAGUAAGAGAUUACACAUUAAAUAAAUUAAAUUUAACAGCAUAAAACAUUCAAAAACAAAUCAAUUAAAUAAAACCUUCAGAGAUUAGCCAUAAGAUCUUUGAAGAAAAAGCUAUUGAUUUUGAAAACAAAAGAAAUAAAAUAUAUACAAAAUUUUAGGAAGAUAUUAAAAUCAUCGAUUAAUCAAUCUUAAAUUGUAUAACUGAUGAAGAACUUCAUCAAUAAUUAGCAAGUAUAAAAUUUUGAUUUUUUUUAGAAUAUAAGGUUCCUGCAACAUGUAUUACAAAAUGGACUUGUGAUGGAUUUUUAGAAUAAAGUUUGGCUGAGAUUUAAAGUUUCUCUAUCUAAAUUCAAAAUUAAUUAAAUAACUAUUAAAAGUAAUUAUAACCUCCUCCUUCUUCUGACAUAUAGCAAUUAAAUUCUUUAUUAGAAUCAACUAAUAAUUACGAUGAAUUGUAAUGUGAUAUGUUAGAAUUAGAAAAAUAAAUGGCUGAAUUUUAAAAAUAACUUGAACUUGAGGUUUGA